AAAAAAUAAUAAAGUACUGCUUCGCCAUUCUACGCGUCCGUUGUGGAACGAGUUCGAGGCAUUCGGAGUGGCUUUCCAGGUCUCCUUGGUGAUGCGCCGUGCUCGGUGGCUCUGCUUCGCUUUGUGAACUGACAAUUACUCAAACACGUCUGCUGCCUGCCCGAAGAAAGUGAACUUGAACACGUGCAUUGGAAGUUUUGAGAGACGCUGCCAUGGUCGUUGUUCUUGCCGAGUGGAACCUUACUGCGGCCAUCGCGGUUGUUGCGAUUGUUGCGACCGCUUUGUACAGAUGGCGUCGGUGGCAACUAAGCUUUUUCAAGCGCAUCGGAAUCGCUGGCCCGGAACCGUGUUUGAUCGCAGGAAACUUUGACCAACUGUGGACUCAGGACGGAAUAAAAGUCAUGAAUGAAUGGUCAACAAAAUACGGCGACAUCUACGGGAUCUAUAACGGCGAUGCACCCUUUCUUAUGGUGAAAGACCUUGAACUACUUCAGCGAGUCUUGAUCACAGACUUCGCCCUUUUCAUGGACCGAGGGGAGGUGUGGUCGACGAUGAACGGCAACAAGUACCUACGGCAAGCUUUGUCCUUCGCCAAAGGCGACCGAUGGAAGUUCGCGAGGCGGUCCGUCUCGCCGGCCUUCACUGCGUCGAAGAUGCGAAAGAUGGUGGGCGGAAUGGCCAACACUGUGGACUGCUUCCUGGAUCUGCUGCAAGCGCGGUGCCAAGAAGCGGUCGACGGAGAAGCCAACGUGCACCCGCUUCUCGGUUCGCUCGCCUUCGACGUCGUUGCCGAGACGGCGUGCGGACUCUAUCUCGACGUGCAACACAAGCCCGACCAACAGUACUUCAACUCGGCCAGGUCUUACAUGAUGAACAUCGUCGAAAACGCUUACCAGAGGACUGGCCAGUUCUUUUCUGGGGUGAAAAGCAUCUCGUCUAUCACGUGCAUGCUCGAGCUGAAGUUUGGCUGCGAACCCCUCACGGCUCUAGCGCGCAAGGCAGAGCCCAUCGCUCAGCUUAGGGAACGGGAGCAAAGCCUGGCGCGUCCAGAUGUAAUCCAGAGUCUCCUGGAUGCAAAAGUUCCCCAGGAACUCCUCAGAUUGCACGAAUUUCGUGAGCGAACCAACGACAAAGGAGACUUCGUGAUGCCGCUGAGAGAUGUGGCAACCAACACCGCCACUGUGCUUAUUGCUGGGUUCGAGACUGUGUCAGCUGGCGGGUCCUUUUGCGUCUUUUGUCUGGCCAAGUAUCCUCAGAUCCAGGAGAAGGUCAGGCAAGAAGUAAACGCAGCAUACGAGAAACAUGGUGGCUUCACCUACGACACCAUCAAAGACCUCACCUACACGAAGCAAACCAUCGACGAGACACUGCGUCUGUACCCACCGGUCUUUGCCUUCACAUCAAGGAAGGCUCCCUGCGAUUACCACUACAAGGAUAUGAUUAUUCCGAAGGGUGUCAGCAUCAUGGCCUGCACUGAGCAAAUACACAGGGACCCUCGAUUCUGGGACCGGCCGGAAGAGUUCGACCCUGACAGGUUCUCUCCGGAGCAGAAGGCGGCCAGGCAUCCCCUGGCCUUCCAGCCUUUCGGCGCGGGGGCCCGUAACUGUGUGGGCAUGAGGCUGGCUCAGCUCGAGAUGACCCUCAUUGUUGCCAAGCUUGUGCACAGGUUCCGGCUGCACUUGGGUUCCAGACACGCAAGUGGUCAGUUAGAAAGGAAAACCGAGUCCAUCAUCGCUUCGCCAAAGAAUGGAGUGUGGGUUCGAGUGGAGAAGAUCUGAUAGUGGUGGCAAUCGACGUCGCUCGGAAAAAAAAGAAAUCCAAAAGGAAACGUGCGCGGGUCGCCCUUUUCCCACAUCAACAAGUAUCUCUGCGAAAGCAUGGAAAAAGGAAUCUGCCAGCAACGAACACCUCUGGUACCUGGUGGUGUUGAAAUGCCUUGCGAUCCCAGCGCCGCAUAUUCUGACGUCUUUCGGGGCUGUCUAUAUGCGCGCGGAACAUUUAAUAAAGCCAUUACUUUGC